AUGCCCUCUAACUGCGGACCGGGCAAAUAUGCUGUGGUAAAGACGCUUAAGCUUAGCAAAGACCAGGGCUUGCCUCACCACCUAGUGAAGCGCGGCAUGACAGUGGUCGAUCCUAUUUAUGACCUGACAUUCGACUAUCAAUUCAAGAGAGUCCCACGCGAUCUUGGCAACACUCAAAUGAGAAUCGACUUCAGCAACGAACCAGAGUAUUGGAACAACACCUUGAACAAGACUGCUAGUAGUAAGCGACGAAAGAGAAGCUUGGAAGAAGUAGGCGGCAAUCACAAACGUUGGCUGGAGGAGAAAUGGCGAGACGGUGCGCAUUUUGGGGGCUUUCCAAAGAAGAACCCACAAGCCACCCUCAUUAACCUUAGCGAUUCAUUCCUGUACUUCCGUACUAAAGGCGACGUAAAUACUAAGUUCGUUAUCAACGCAGCCGUUACUGCCAUGUUUAAUACUAGCGAUAUUAUAAUAUUCUCUACUAACAAGUUCCGUGCAGCCUUCGUAGUACCCAGCAUCAUCACUAUUAGCCUAAAUUUUAAGCUCUUCGGAAGACUCAAAGCUAACGGCUAUAUUACCUUCUACGUAGAUUUAAAGGUAAAUAGCGAGUCUUCGUUCUGCUACGGCGUGGAUGCUAGAGUUGAUCUCUAUGUGACUAUUGACGCUCCAUCCGAGUUCAGCUGGGCCCUUCCCAACUCACCCUUUCCUAUUGUGCCUAUCGACGAUGUUCAACUCUAUCCUACUGGUGGCGAGCCAGCAUGUAUCGAUCUCUCUAAGAAGCGAGAUUCCGAGCAUGAUUCAAGCAAUAUGCAAACUGCGCAUGCUUCUAGAAGACGUUCAUCAAUAACGCAGGGCAAGAGCAGGAACACCACGAGCGAACUUGCGAAGAGGGCUAAAGGGCUAUUGACGUCGGUGAUAUUCCUCCAUGUCUGUUGUGUGGCGAUGAUGAUGGUGAGAGUCUCGAAAAGCGUGCUGACUCCUGUUGGCUUGAUCCUUACGGCAAGGGAGCAAGUUGUCCUAUUGAUACUCCUGACAAGCGCGACAUUCAGUUCGGUGAAAUUUUUGGGAACGAAACUGAAUCGCAUCAUCUGGAAAAGCGCGACACAAAAUAUGUCGGUUGGGGGGGGCCAGUUCCUUCCUUGCGGAACCUACAAGUCUUGCGGCGCGGCAAGUAAACAAAGCAGCGUGAAUAAGUGGUUCGGCUUCAGAAGCAACACUGGUCCAUAUCCAGUGACAGUAAAGAAACUUACUUCUGCCCAGACAGACACCUCGCAAUACGUCACUGGGCAUAUUUACGAGGUACAAAUGUUGCCAAUCUUCUUUGAAUGGUUUAUCAAUGGGCCACUUCCUGGUAGCUACACAAGUCCUUUACGGGCUUGGAUGGAUAAUGUCCUCAUCGGAAUGAAUCCGGCAGUAGUAGCUCCGCACGCCGCCAAUGGAUGGGUUGAGCAAUCCCUUUUCUUCAAAAUGACCCACGGCCUAGGGGGACGACCACAACCCUGGUGGUCUCGCACUGGCCGAUAA